AUGAAUUGUGUGGUCAGAUUGUUGAUCCAGAGCUCAUCGUCCCCGCGAUGGACUGGUUUAAAGUACAGUCAGUUUCGUAAAACAUCUUUUCACGGCUUUCUGAGAUCAUCGUCGAUUUUUGGCGUUCAUAAAUUUGCUUUAAAAUUGAUACACCCCGAUAGAGAUGUGAAAUUCUACAGCACAGGAGCAAAGACCAGGACGAAAAACUUCUACAAAGUGCUCGGCGUUUCACCUAAAGCCACCCAGGCACAGAUUAAAAACGCAUUUUACAAGCUCUCCAUCACCCACCACCCGGACAAACACAAGGGAAGCGCUGAAUCUCACGAAAAGUUUCAAAAUAUCACUGAGGCUUACAACGUACUUGGAAAUCAAGAAUCGAGAAAGCAAUAUGAUCGAGAACUUAUCGGCGAAGGACAGUUGAGAGCAGAACACGCACAAGGUUACGAACAUCCACAAACGGUCAAGAAAUCAGGGUCGAUUUAUAAUUUUGACGAAUGGACUAAAGCACACUACUCGGAUAUACUUGAUCGAAAUCACCGAACAAAAUUAAGACAAGAACAACUUAGGAAAGAAAAAUUGAAUACGCCAACAACGGGAUCUGGUACAAUGAAGGCUACGUUUGUUUCGAUUACCGUAUUAUUGCUUAUUUGUAUGUAUUAUUACAGUAAAAACGCACAGAAAUUCGAAUCAAAAGAUGACUUUCGAAUGUGA